AUGCUGCAACUUGGAUCUCUUUUCAAUCAGUUCGUCUCUUUGCUCAGCUAUUGUGUAGUUACGGCAACGCUGAUUCAUAACCAGAGACCCGAUAUUCGUGCUCCGAUAUUAGAAGUGAGUCUUAAGGAUGACUCUCUUCUUACCCCGGGCUAUCUAUUUGUGGCACCAUAUGAAACCGAAUUACCAGGGCCAUAUAUCUAUGACACUGAUGGUAAUUUGGUAUGGAGCGGAGCCGAUGGGUCAACGACCGAGCUUUUUCAUGAUCUCCAGGUGUGUCCCUAUGAGGGAUCUGAUCAUCUAUGCUACUUCCAAGGAAAUCAAAUAGAAGGAUACGCUAGGGGUCGUAACGUCAUCCUGAAUCCAGACUAUAAACAAGCAGCGACUGUACAGAGUGGGGAUGGUUUGACCUUGAGCGAUAUGCAUGAGCUGAACAUUAUUGAUGAGACCUCCGUCCUCAUCGCGAUUUAUCAGCCGCGCCGCUAUAACCUAGAGGCGUUUGAUGUGCCCGCAGACAAUGGCUGGGUCAUGGACGGUGUGUUUCAAGAGAUCAAUAUCACGUCAGGCGAGGUCCUCUUUGAAUGGAGGUCUCUCGAUCAUGUUAACAUCUCUGAAACGUAUACCCCUCUGCGACUUAACACAGUCGUGGGUGAUGGUCUUAGCAAUGCGACGGCUUGGGACUACUUUCACAUCAAUUCUGUGGACAAGAACGAUGAUGGUGACUAUCUAGUAUCUGCUAGACAUACCAGCUGCAUUUACAAGAUAUCCGGCAAGGAUGGAUCCGUUCUGUGGCGGCUGGGCGGUACGAAUGGUUCAAUACAAAUGCAGGGCUACAACUUCUCCGCUCAACAUGACGCGCGCUUCCUGCAGGAGAACGAUACCACCACUGUCAUCUCACUCUUUGAUAACGGCAGCAAUGGCUAUAGGAACACGUCAUCGAGGUCCUCGGGUAUCAUCGUGUCAAUUGACAAUGAACAAAAUACCUCCAGCCUAAUGAAGAGAUACGAGGCCCCCGGUGACGGACUCCUAUCAACAAGCCAGGGAAACCUCCAAAUACUCCCGAAUCAACACGCUUUGGUCGGAUGGGGGAGCCAUCCUUCAAUAUCUGAGCAUACCGACGAUGGAACCGCCGUGUUCUUUGCAACAAUAAAUGAUCCGCGGACGAUGAACUACCGUGCUUUCAAAUUCAAUUGGACCGGAGAGCCAAGUGACGAGCCUGCCCUUCGUAGCUAUGCGGCUUCCCCGGGCGCUGCGACUACGUUCUGGGUCAGUUGGAAUGGUGCUACCAAUGUUGCCUUUUGGAACUUCUACGGCACGACUUCAGCGUCUGGUGAGUUUACGCUGGUAUCCAAGGUGGGCAGGCAGGGCUUUCAAACUACCUAUACUAGCCCCAAUUACCACCCCCGGGCAUAUGCAGAAGCGGUCGCGAGCGACGGCUCAAGCCUAGGGAAGUCGUCUGUCGUGGAUACGACGUCAACACUGUCCAAACUGGACUAG